UAUAGUCAUAACACUUUCUACAUACUGAAAUACAGUCAUAACACUUUCUACAUACUGAAAUAUAGUCAUAACACUUUCUUCAAACUGAAAUAUAGUCAUAACACUUUCUACAUACUGAAAUAUAGUCAUAACACUUUCUACAUAUUGAAAUAUAGUCAUAACACUUUCUACAUACUGAAAUAUAGUCACAACACUUUCUACAUACUGAAAUAUAGUCACAACACUUUCUACAUACUGAAAUAUAGUCACAACACUUUCUACAUACUGAAAUAUAGUCAUAACACUUUCUACAUCCUGAAAUAUAGUCAUAACACUUUCUACAUACUGAAAUAUGGUCAUAACACUUUCUACAUACUGAAAUAUAGUCAUAACACUUUCUACAUACUGAAAUAUAGUCAUAUGAAAUAA